AUGGCCGACAAACCAGCCGAUUUGCCCGCCAUAAACCCUCUCCAAUACGCUCCCUGGCACCCUCGCGAGCCUCGUGGGAAUACUCAAGCUCAAAUAGGAGCUCCCAUGGGACACACUAAGGAACAGGCAGCGGCUAAUUUCAUGGCUUUUCAACGUACUAUCUCUAGCUCAGAUAUUGUAAUCUUUUCAGAUGGAUCUAGGCUAGCAGACGGACGUGCAGGAGAUAGCUAUAUUGGACUUCAAGCACACCAUCAGUUUCUCCGCUCCUCACUCUCAUACAGACACAGGAAAGAGGUCUUCGACACAGAAGUAGAAGCAGCUCUAGCUGGUGCUUAA